GCGUCGUGAACACGCGCGCACCGGAGCAUCGUCGCCUCGUCGUCGGCAUGGCCAUGGCCGCAUGAAAUAGAGUGGAAGGUCUCCAUCGCCACUGCCCUAUUUAUCCUCUUCCCAGCUGAUGAUGCACUCACUACACACCGAACGAGCAAGAACGCUCGCGCCUCCCAUGACAUUUGAUUCCACGCCAUCCGCAGCUAGAACCUAAUGGCCUUCGCAGCUUUGCUCCCGCGCCUCACCCUGCUGACCCUCGCCGUGUCGCUCGCCGCCGCGGCGAGCGGCGACAACACCACAACCGUCGCCGGGCAGAUCCGCGUGAACUGCGGCGCUUCCGUCUCGGCCGCCGACUCGGACGGCCGGACGUGGGACCGCGACGCGCCGUCGGUGGGCGGAGGCGUCGCGGCCGGCGCGCCGUACGAGGACCCCUCGCUCCCGUCCGCCGUCCCGUACAUGACGGCGCGCGUGUUUGGCUCCGCCCACACCUACUCCUUCCCCGUGCGCCCCGGGCGCGUGUUCCUCCGCCUCUUCUUCUACCCGGCGGACUACGGCGGCCGCGGCGCGGGCGACGCGCUCUUCGGCGUCGCCGCGGGAGGCGUCACGCUCCUCCGCGACUUCAACGCGUCCCAGACCGCGCUCGCGCUCAACGCCGCCUGCCUCGUGCGCGAGUUCUCCCUCAACGUCAGCGCCGGCGGCCUCGACGUCACCUUCACCCCGUCCUCCAGCGCCCACUACGCGUUCGUGAACGGCAUCGAGAUCGUGCCCACGCCGGCCGACGUGGUCGCGAAGCCCGUGCCGACCUUCGCCAACGGCGGGCGCACGGCCCCGAUGCCGAUCCGCGCUGACACGGCGUUCCAGACCAUGUACCGGCUCAACGUCGGCGGCACGGCCGUCUCUCCCGGCAACGACUCCGGCCUCCUCUACCGCUCGUGGGACGAGGACUCCGCUUACAUAUACGGCGCGGCCUUCGGCGUGAGCUACCCCAAGGACAGCAACGUCACCAUCCAGUACCCGCCGUCGGUGCCGCCGUACGUUGCGCCGAAGGGCAUGUACGCGUCGGCGAGGUCGAUGGGCCCGUCCGCGCAGGUCAACCUGAACUACAACCUCACCUGGAUCCUCCCCGUCGACGCCGGGUUCUACUACAUCUUGCGGCUCCACUUCUGCGAGAUCCAGUACCCGAUCACGCGCGUGAACCAGCGCGUCUUCUACGUCUACAUCAACAACCAGACGGCGCAGGCGGGCAUGGACGUGAUCGCCUGGAGCGGCGGCAUCGGCCGGCCGGCGUACGUCGACUACCUCGUCGUCACGGCGCCGGGCGCCGGCCAGACGGACCUGUGGGUCGCGCUGUACCCGGACGUGAAGACCUUGCCGGAGUACUACGACGCCAUCCUGAACGGGCUCGAGGUGUUCAAGCUCCAGACGUACGACACCGACAGCCUCGCCGGGCCCAACCCGCCGCUGCCAGCGGAAAACGCGGCGGCGGACGACGACGGCAGCGGGGCGCGACCCAAGAAAAAGAAGAAUGGCGCGUUUGUGGCAGGAUGGGCCGCUGCCGCAUGUGGCCUCCUUGCGGUGCUGGUGGGCUGCCUCUGCGCGUGGGCUCUCUGCAGGCGGAAGUCCAAGGCCGCCACGUCGGCGAUUGUUGACGUCCCGGAGAAGCCUACCGUACAUGAAACGCCGGCUUCUGGCCUUCAUGGCCCAACAGAAACCUGCGUUUUCUCCGUUAGGGCCGAAAAAUAACGUAAUUUCCCUACCGUUAACUGUAACUGGGCCAUUAUAAUUGGGCCGCGAAAAUGGAAGAUCCCUUUGCAACUUU